UUCAUUCAUAGUCACAGAGAUAAGUGGUUAUCAUCGAAUAUUUCAGUCGAAUUACAACACGCAAAACGUCAUUAAAUAGUAUUUUAAAUUUAUCAUGAAUGUUUAAAAACAACAUGAUUUAUCAUCGUUGAAAUACGUAUUUUAUUUUUUUUUAGUUAACACGUCAAAUUAAUUUCUCACUAGGAAGUUGAUUUGAAAAUUACCACAAAUUUUUAUAGUGGUAUAUACUUUAUUGAUAAAUACAUUGUUUUCAAGUGUGUAGGAAAAAUAUUUGUUUAUCGUGCGUGUGAUAUUUUUGUAAUUGUGAUAUUACUAGUCGAAGGCUAGGGGAACUAUCGUACGUCUAUAUAGCCGCAUCUAGUUCCGGGAAUUCUUAAUGAUACACAUCGUUCGUUCCUCUGACUAUAAUUAAAACAUCGUUCCCCAACGGUACCGGUUAUUUGCAAUAUUAUUUCACGUUGUACACAACAAACAUUUUCCGUUUCCAUCGCAGGACGUUCUCCCGUCUUCCGAAAGUAUGACCGCAUUUUUCCUGGAAACGAAAAUAUUGUAAAUCCAUGUGUGACAGAUGUGAUGAGUGCUGUGUGUGGGCGUAUGGUUUAUCAUAAAAUCUGAUUAACACAUUUCCAAGCGUGAACGAGACGUCGUCCUCGUUUCCAAAAAUCUGUUCCCUCGAGCUCUGGUCAUCGUUGACGUCCUCUUAUCGCAUCAGUGUGUGGAACGAAUUAUGACAAACAAAUAUAAGUCACUGUGAACGAAGGGUAUGCAAUAACUUUUACAUCGAUCGUGGGAACAUUUGAUACAGUUUUACAGCAAUGGAGGAUUCGAUGCAAGCGCAAAAGUGGCAACAGCAUUUAUCGUUACUGCGAGAACAGUACGUUAACUUACACAAUUCGAAUACAGAACUGCAACGUGAGUAUGCUAUCGCUACUGCAGAUAAACAGGAAUCUGGAUUCAUCACGAAACUUCUGGCGACUAUAGCGUCGUUGUAUGGUCAACAGCGUUACAGUGAUGUUACUAUUAAGUUAACGGAUCAGGAAAUACCAGCACAUAAAUUCGUAUUGUCUGCUAGGACAGAUUUCUUCAGUGAUUCGAUAAUUGGUGAAGUAACUACGUUAGAUUGGAGUAAUUUGGACUCGAAUAUUGGAUUAGUACUGUUGAAAUGGAUUUAUACGGGAAAAGUGUCUCAAGAAAAUUUAACGUUGGAUCUAAUGAAAGCAGCGUCUAAUUUUCAAUUGGUAGAAUUAGUCGAUCAUUGUGAGAAAUAUUUAAUUGGAAUUGUGGGACUCAAAGAUUGCGUACAAUUGUAUGCGGCUGCUGAAGAUUUAGGGGCACAGAAAUUAAAGGAACACUGCAGUUCUUUGAUUUCAGCUCAUUGGGAAGAUCUGACCGGAGAAGAUUUUAAAGAAAUGCCUGGUUCCUUAUUGUAUAAAUUGUUACAAACAAAAAGUAAAUAUCCAUUACAUGCCGCUGUUCGAUUAAUGAGAGAAGAUGUAGUUUUUUUGUAUUUAGUGGAAAACAAUUCAGGGUUAUUGAAGGCGGUGAACGCCGUCGAUAAUAAAGGGGAAAUGCCAUUGGAGGUAGCUUUAAAGACACGUCAGCCUUCGUUAGCUCGUAUUUUAGUGGGGCACGGGGCUGACUUGAACGCGAAAGACUUGAGAGGGUUCUCCUUGCUGCAAGCCGCUAUUUUUAAAGGGGAUUCCUACUCAGCGGAGUUUCUAAUAGAACAAUUAGAAAGUAACGGAAGCGUGCAACAGUUGUGCGAACCUGUCAAGAUUAUGGGAAGCACGAAGGACGUGAAGUAUCCUGAGGAACUCGAGGGAUGUACAGCUUUGCACUUGGCGACGAAGCAUAACUCAGAGAACAUGACAGCUAUCGGGUCACGGCUGCUUCAAGCUGGCAUUGAUCCUAAUUUACAGAAUCAGAAAGGAUGGACUGCCUUACAUAGUUGUGUUUGGGAAAGAAAUGAACUACUUUUUGAUAUUUUACUAAAAUGUCAAAAUAUACAUUUAGAUGAAAUUACCAAUGACAAUGACACUCCAUUGUGUAUCGCGAUGAAAACAGAACCGUUCUGUGAAUCCUUCGCUAAGAAACUCUUGGCCAAAGGCGCGACUCCUAAUCCUGUGUACAAAGAUACCGGAGACACUUUACUGCACAUCUUAACCAGAGAAAGUAAAGAGGAAGCAGCGUUGUUUCUGAUCGAUUAUAGUAAAGACAAUUUGAUGGCAAAAAAUAAUGAGGGAUACUCGGUCUUACACGAAGCUUGUAAAGUUGGCUUGAAGACUCUCACCAAGACGUUAUUGAAAAAUGGUUUCCCGUUGGAUGAAGUGACAUUAUUUACUGGGGAUGCGCCAUUACAUUUUGCUGUUUCAAAUUUAUAUUUUGAUAUCGUAGUAGAAUUAUUAGAUGUCCCUGGUUCAAGUUCUCAGUUGAAUUUAAGAAACAAGGCGAACGAAACGCCUUUGAGCUUAGCUAUAAAAGCUCCGCUCAAAAAGGGCAAGGAUAUUGUUUUGGCUUUGAUAAAAGCUGGAGCAAACAUCAAUCAGUGUAACGAAGAGGGUUUGACGUUAUUGCAUCAGGCAAUAUUAAAGGAGGAUUCAGCAACCGCUAUCUUUUUAUUAGAAAACAGUGCAGACAUGAAUGCCAGGACUGCAAGUGGAGAGACGCCGUUACAACUCUCUGUACAUUGUAGACUGGGCGAAGUUGUAGAAGCUCUUUGUAAAAGAGGUGUAGAUACUUCCGUAGGGUGCCCACUGUGGGAUGCACUGGACUCGGAUCAAGAGGAUAUAGCAUCUAUCCUGGUUAAAUACGGAGCUGACACCGAUUGCUGGAACUUCGGUCCAGACGGUUGCCAACAAACAUUAUUACACAAAGCGAUUGAUGACAAUAAAGAAGAUAUUGCACAAUUCCUUGUGAGAAGUGGUUGUGAUUUAAAUGCACCGAGAAGACCUGGUCCAGACGGUUCAGGUGGUGAUGAGGCGAGAGAUGAAUGUACUCCGUUGCACUUAUGCUGUCAAUGGGGCUUAGAACAAGUUGUUCAAACCCUUAUCGAACAUGGCGCAGAUGUGAACACUCGAGAUGCAGAAGGCAAAACUCCAGUUCACGUUGCUAUACAAAAUCAACACUCACAGAUUAUUUCUCUGCUACUUUGUCACCCUAACAUAGAUUUAAAUAAAAGAGAUAAAAAAGGUUUAACGCCAUUUGCAACAGCUUUAACGUUUAGGAAUAAUAAAGCUGCGCAAGCAAUAUUGGAACGACUACCCAAGGCUGCUGAACAAUACGACAAUAAAGGCAGGAAUUUUUUGCACACUGCUAUCCAAAAGAACGAUAUGGAGAGCAUACUCUUCCUUUUAUCCAUACAGGUAGACGUGAACUCCAGAGUUCACGAUGUCACUCAAACUCCACCUUUGCAUCUAGCUGCAAUCUCUGGGAAUGAGAUGUUAGUGAGAAGUUUGAUUUUAGCUGGCGCACGGGUCAAUGACACAGAUGCAAAUAGGAACACUGCAUUACAUGCUGCAGCAAAAGCAGGUCACGCUGCAGUCGUGUCUGCUUUAUUGCAGAACAGCAUUAAUUUCGAUGCGAUAAAUGCAGAUGGCGACAAUGCCCUGCACGUGGCUGUAAGAGAAGGGCAUGUGUCCGUAGUGAGAACACUUUUGACUGAAUGUACGUUAGAUGCAGAGGCAGUGAACCUUAAAGGAAGAAAUCCCUUACACGAGUUAGCUAGAUGUGGAAAAGACAAUGCUGCGACUAUAUGUGAAUUUUUCUUGGAAUGCAUGUCACAAUAUCCAAUUAACAAAACAGAUCUGGAGGGUAAUACUCCGUUACUAAUCGCCUAUAUGAAAGGCAACGGUCAGCUGUGUCGUACACUGGUGAAGGCUGGCGCAUGCUUGGGUUCCAUGAAUAAAGAAGGCAUUACAAUUUUUAACUAUCAAGUAGCGACGAAACAGUUACUAUACAGACUGCUGGAUUCCUUAACGCAAGAAGCGCCGUGGGCAGACAAAGAUUUAUGUUUGGAGUGCGGUACAAAAUUUUCUAUCACAAUGCGAAAGCAUCACUGCCGCCACUGUGGUAGAAUUUUGUGCAAUAAAUGUUCUGGUUGCGAUGUUCCGAUUGUAAAGUUUGGAUUGAAUAAACCAGUGCGUGUUUGUGCAGUAUGUUUUGAUGUAUUACAAGUAGGCGCUGAAUGAGAGAAAGACUUAAAUAAUAAAAUCAUUCAUAUGUAAAUAAAAUGAACAUCAUUCCACGAGCACUUUUCAUAGGGAAUAAUGGAGAGUCUGUACGAGUCUGUGUCAGUCACAUUAUAUAUUAUACAUAUUUCAUUUAUAUAUGUACCAUAUAAUUAUUCUUGUUGAGCAUUUGUUAAAUUUAUAGUUAUAAAAUUUUAAAUACAGAUGAAGGAA